AGUGCACCUUCAUAUAUCAGCUCUAGUGAACAGGCGAAGGUGAAAUCGUAUAGGCAGAAGAUAUCAAAAUGGCAGGGCCAAGUUUCUGAGAGAUUACUAGUUUUAAGCCAGCGAGCAGGUGGCGCCAGCAUAUCCAUGGACAAGGUAUUCUCUUCUCUGGCUGAGAACACCUUAACACAUGCACCGACUGCUGCAGUUUCACGACCAACAACAUCAUAUUCAAGGAGUGAUGUGUCACAGGAGCCUGCUCAUGUUGCAGUCACAAAGAAUCAGACAGAUAAAGUUUUAAGCUCAAAACCUAGACAAGAAUAUGCCGAUGGAUAUGAAUCAAAAUUGGUUGAAAUGAUAAAUACAGCAAUAGUGGAUAGAAGCCCUUCUGUUAAAUGGGAUGAUGUUGCUGGCCUUGAGAAGGCAAAGCAAACUUUAAUGGAAAUGGUUAUUCUGCCAACUAAAAGAAGAGAUUUGUUUACUGGUCUUAGGAGGCCACCUAGGGGUCUGCUUCUCUUUGGGCCACCUGGUAAUGGAAAGACCAUGCUUGCCAAAGCAGUUGCAUCAGAGUCAGAGGCAACUUUUUUCAAUGUUUCUGCAUCUUCCCUGACAUCAAAAUGGGUGGGAGAGGGUGAAAAGCUUGUGCGGACUCUCUUUAUGGUUGCUAUAUCCAGACAGCCAUCUGUAAUUUUCAUGGAUGAAAUUGAUAGUAUCAUGUCAACAAGGCUGGCCAAUGAGAACGAUGCUAGCAGACGGUUGAAGUCAGAAUUUCUGAUACAGUUUGAUGGGGUGACCUCUAAUCCUGAUGAUCUAGUGAUUGUCAUCGGUGCCACUAAUAAGCCCCAGGAAUUGGAUGAUGCUGUUCUUAGACGAUUGGUGAAGAGAAUUUAUGUACCUCUUCCAGAUGAGAAUGUUAGGAGGCUUCUUCUAAAACACAAACUCAAGGGCCCAGCAUUCUCCUUACCCAGUAGGGACCUAGACAAGCUUGCCAAAGAGACUGAAGGAUAUUCUGGGAGUGAUCUACAAGCCUUGUGUGAAGAAGCAGCUAUGAUGCCAAUUAGAGAGCUUGGAGAUGGUAUUCUCAAUGUCAAGGCAAAUCAGGUCCGACCUGUAAGAUUCGAAGAUUUUCAAACGGCAAUGACCAUAAUUCGACCCAGCUUAAACAAAAGCAAGUAUGAAGAGCUUGAACAAUGGAAUCAGGAGUUUGGCUCAAGCUGAAUUUCUAUUGCAACAUGCACCAACUGAAUCAUAAUUUAAUGCGACUAAACGCAUUGCAUACCAGAAGAAAGACUGGUAACAAACAAUGCAGUGGAGCUUGAAGCUCCGCAACAUUUUACCAGUUGAAACUCACAAUCUCAAGGGUGUGUAUAGUCUUCGUAAUUCUUCAUAGUGCAUAUGUUAAAAUUAACAAAGAAAAUAUUCUUGUUCUGUUGCUGCCCAUAUGAAAAUAUUUUCAAUUUAUUUCAAACGUAUUUAUUAAAGAGUGCCUGGCUGU